CAAAAACGAGGAGAUUGCAUGUGUUUUUCCCAAGCAAGGGUUUACAACUGUAGAAGGAAAAAGUUCAUUGUGCGGCGUUCCUGUCUUGAGUAACGCCGGUUUUGAAAUAACAAACACUUUGUGCAAUUCAACCAAAUUCCGCAACGCAGUGAGCAGUGAUACACUGGUGCAACGCUGGUUCGGGUAGAAACAGGGCUCACUUCGCUGUACUCCCAGCUGCUCUACAGUACGAAUGGAUUCCGACCCGGAGGUGGUGCUGGUGGAAAAAAUUGAAGAGGACGAAAUAUCUACAGAUAAAGACAGUGGUAUGGAGUCGGCCAUCGGAAGCAAGGAUGAAACGCCGGAGCGCAAACCCUCUACGCCAGAAGAAGAGCCCAAACAAUCCGAACCCGUGAAACCAGCCGCUGCUCCGGAAGCAGCACCUGUCGCUGCGGCUUCAGCCUCCUCAUCAUCAGCAGCAGCCCCAGCACAGCCAGCUGCGGCAUCGGCACCAUCCGGACCUUCCUCUUCCCGACCUUCCGCAUCCACCCCGCCACAACCGACUAAGACAGUGGCACGCACAAGUGCAAACGAUUACGAUGACGUAAGUGACGAACCAGAUGAGAGCCUGGGUGAACGACUUUGGGGUUUGACAGAGAUGUUCCCCGAACCGGUGCGUCAGUUUUCCGGUGCCGUAACGGAUCUUACCGUACGAAGCGUCAAAGGAUUGUACUCGCUCACCUGUAAUGUGUCGUGGAUUUUCUUUACAACCUCCAUGGUUCUGCUGGCACCGGUUGUGUUCGAGGUUGAGCGUGCCCAAAUGGAGGAGAUGCAAAAAUCACAACAGAAGCAGGUCCUGCUUGGACCAGGCACGGCCGUUGGUGGUGGUGGUGCACCAGGUGGCAUGCCGGCGUUACCGCCGAUGGCAGCAGCUCGAUAAACGUUAUUUACAGUAGCAGCAAUCCUAUUAACCAGUGUUAGUGUUUUAGUGCGGUGUAAGCCUGUUUUAAGUUUUUCUUUUCGCUUCUUUUCAUCUUCCGAGGAUUUGGUUUACAAUAUUUCGUUAACCAGUUAAGACAUACAAAAGAAAUCCCCGUAAUCGAACAGAUUGUAUUGCCAAUCAUACAUGUGCAUGAAUUGGAUAACUCCAGUUAGUUGCCUAAUAGAAUAUCCGGUCUUACAACAAAGCAAAAAGCAAUGUGUUUCUUAGUCAAACGCUACUUACAAUGUUUGCGAUCCCUUUAUAAUCUUAGUAGAAUGUGGCCAUCUCUUUCUUGUUCGCGACAUGCUGCGCCACUGGCAGCUGCCCGUGCUGCUAACUUACAUCUCAAACAACAGGUUUGUUUCCAGUCAUUUCGUUGCAUUUCGUAGAGAAUGGUAUUCCAUUUCUACCAACACAGCAUGCAUACAUUAUACAUACUUUAUAUGGCUUUGUUUAAAUAAGAAAAGUGUAGCUCUACAGGGAAAGAAGGCCAGACAAACCAAUAAACAGCAAAAAACAAACACACAGUGAGGUAUAGUG